UCGUUCCUGUAGAGAUUGCACGAGUCGCUUCUUCGGCCAGUUCGACUUCGCUCCUUGGACGACGUUCCCUUCCUGUAGGAUCCGAAGUUACAGCAUUUUGAUCGGAAGCAACGACGGAGCUCGCUCGCUGUGAAGGUAACUUUUUCCAUUUCGCGCGCUUCUUCGGCCAAAUCCCGUAAAUCCGCCGAACUACAGGAUUUAGUAAAUCCGGGAUUUGCUAAAUCCUGCAUAAGUCCUGUUGCCAAGCAGCCCCGAAGGAGUUACUCCGCCGUGAGAUCUACCGGCGGCUUAAAUACUGCCAACAGGAUUUAAGCAUACAUCCUGCUCAAACCUGCAUAAAUCCUUUGCCAAACAGCCCCAUAGGGCGACGUACCCAGCAAUAUUCCCACUGCUCCCGCCGCGCUCUUUGAUCUCCGACAUGGGAAGCGUAGGCCGUGGCCGCGCCCUCUUCACCGCGGGCAAUGCCCACCAAAACAUCGUAUGCGGGCGGGCGCACCAGAUCGGCGCCCUGGCCCUCAUCGCCGCAACAUUCUUUCUCACCAGGGCCCUCGACCGCCUCUACGACAUCCCAAUUCCUUCUCACCCUUCCCUGUCCACCGUUGCCGGCGAAUCUCCGGUUGGCACGCUCUUUCAGCACCCUGGUUUCCUUUCUUGGCCUAACCGCGGCUAUGGGACUUCUCUCUCCCUGAAGAUCUACGUCUACGAGGAGAGCGAGGUGGAUGGACUCCGUGAGCUGAUGCGGGGAAGAGACGGCAAGAUCUCGGCGGAGUCCUGUGCCAAGGGACAGUGGGGUACUCAGGUAAAAAUACAUCAUUUGCUUCUCAAAUCAAAAUUUCGGACAUCAAGGAAAGAGGAAGCGGACCUUUUCUUUGUACCUUCUUAUGUUAAAUGUGUGCGUAUGAAUGGUGGAUUAAAUGAUAAGGAAAUCAACCACACAUAUGUAAAGGUUUUGGGUCAAAUGCCAUAUUUCCGUCUUUCAGGUGGACGGGAUCAUGUUUUUGUGUUCCCGAGCGGCGCUGGUGCUCAUUUAUUUCGCUCUUGGGCAGUAUUUCUAAAUCGGUCAAUCAUUCUUACUCCAGAGGGUGACCGCACUGAUAAACGGCCAAUAAGUUCUUUUCAUACGUGGAAAGAUAUAAUCAUCCCUGGUAAUGUUGAUGAUGGACUAACUACGUUCUAUGAAUCACGAAUAGUCCAACCAAUCCCCUUGUCAAAGAGGAAGUACCUGGCAAACUUUUUAGGUCGUGCCCAAGGAAAGGUGGGUCGUCUUCAGUUAUUGGAGCUUGCCAAGCAAUACCCAGAUAAGUUAGAAUCUCCAGAAUUGCAACUAACGGGACCUAAUAAGUUGGGAAGGGUUGAAUAUUUCACUCACUUGAGGAACGCCAAGUUUUGCCUUUCCCCACGAGGCGAGUCAUCUUGGACACUCCGAUUUUAUGAAUCAUUCUUUGUGGAAUGUGUUCCUGUUAUCCUCUCAGAUCAGAUAGAACUUCCGUUCCAGAAUGUGAUUGAUUAUACUCUGAUAUCCAUCAAAUGGCCAUCAACACAAAUUGGUCCUCAGCUGCUAAAAUAUCUGGAAUCCAUUCCUGAUGAGGCGAUUGAGAGCAUGAUCGCUGGAGGCAGAGAAGUGAGAUGCCUUUGGGUUUAUCUUCCAGAAUCAGAGCCCUGCUCUGCAAUGCUGGGAAUUUUAUGGGAGCUGCAGAGAAAGGUUAGGAGAUUCCAUCAGUCUGUAGAAACCUUUUGGCUACAUAAUCAAUCCAUUGUUAAUAGGGAGUUUGUUGAGUUCCAUGGCUGGAGAACUCCUCUUCCUUUGCCCUGAAUUGGCCUUUCAUCUAGGAGGAACAAUACAAGUCAGUUUUUUCAUCUUGUUCUGUUUAUUUAUUUUUUUCCUUUUCACUGUUGGAAGAUUCAUAUAAGCACAUAGUUUUUUUUUUCAGUUCAUGCACUGUAGAGUGGACACGUGU